GUGCAGUUCUUUAUUUUCGUUUGCAAAACUUCAGUUCCUUUGUGAAUGUGGCAUUGAAUUGACUCCAUAGUAUUGGUAUCAUAAAAUCGGUCAAAUUUGUAGUUUAUUGCACAGUAUUACCAUUAUUACCCACUGACUUUUAAAAUAAUGAUAUCUGUUUCUGUUUCAAUAUUCCUGUUCAUCUUACUCAAAAACGGUAUAAUUCAAUCAUUGAAAUCAACAUAUUGCACAACUGGUCCUUUCUGCUGUAGUGAAAAGAUUGAUAAGGAGCAUUUUGUAAUAUAAAGCAAUUAGACAGGAAUGAAAUUAUCAAGAACUAUCCAGCAAAAUCCAGUGGCGCACUGUAGUCUCGCGAUAGCUGCGUGAGCAGAGUCGCGCGCCUGAGAGGAGCAGUAGUGAUGGCGGACGAGGAGCUGACUCUAGACCUCACUGACAGCAAACAUGAAGAAUCAAGCGAUUCUCCCGCUGACGAAGGAGAAGCGGAGCCCCAGCAGACGCAGGAGAACACAAAUGGCGUUAAAACCAAUGCCGAGGACAAACCGGAGCCCAAAGAGAAGAGCAGAAAGUCGCAUCGCUACCAUCCCUACAAAGAGCGUCACGGCGGCAGCUCGGCGGACAAGAAGGCCGCCCACAGGAACCGGGUGUUCAUUAGCAAUAUCCCUUAUGAUAUGAAGUGGCAGGCAAUUAAAGAUCUAAUGCGCGAGAAAGUUGGUGAGGUUACAUACGUGGAACUCUUUAAGGAUGGAGAAGGAAAGUCAAGGGGCUGCGGUGUGGUUGAGUUCAAAGAUGAAGAGUUUGUGAAGAAAGCCAUUGAGGUCAUGAGCAAACAUGAUCUGAACGGACGGCCGCUGAACAUUAAGGAGGAUCCGGACGGCGAGCAUGCGCGGCGCGUCCUGCAGAGAUCGGGCCGGAUGUACGGAGGCGGCCGAGGGUCCGAUGCUGGUCCGGCCGGGAUGAACAUCCCUCCUUCCAUCGCCAACAACCCCAACAUCCCUCCGGAGAUCAUCAGCGCGCUGCAGGCCGGACGGCUCGGCACCACCGUGUUCGUGGCCAACCUGGACUUUAAGGUGGGCUGGAAGAAGCUGAAGGAGGUGUUCGGUAUGGCCGGGACGGUGAGGAGAGCCGAUGUGAAAGAAGACAAAGACGGGAAGAGUCGAGGGAUGGGGACGGUCACCUUCGAGCAGCCGCUGGAGGCCGUACAAGCCAUCUCCAUGUUCAACGGUCAGAUGCUGUUUGACAGACAGAUGCAUGUGAAAAUGGAUGAUAAAUCACUUCCUCCAGAUGACUUCAGGCCUGCAGAGAAACCGCCACAGUUACCUCGAGGUCUGGGCGGCGUUGGGAUGGGUUUGGGUCCCGGCGGUCAACCAAUAAAUGCCAACCGUCUCAGUGGAGGAGGCGUCAGCUCCAUGGGACCUGGAGGGAUGGACGGGCCGGGAUGCAGCAACAUGAACCGCAUGAGUGGGAUGGGUGGAGGCUUCUCCGGAAUGGACUGCAUGGGUGGAAUGGGAGGAUUCGGUGGCAGAGACAUGGGACCCAUGGGCCGAAUGGGAGAUAUGUACCGCUCUGGAAUGGGAGGGAUGGACAGAGACUUCAGCAGAAGUGACAUGGGAAUGAACCGCCCGUUCGGAGACUCGUUUGGAGGUGGAGGAUACGCAGGAAUGGGGAAUGCUGGGAUGGGACCCAUGGGCUCUGGAUUAGGUGGAGGAGGGAUGGUGAACAUGGGAAUGGACCGCAUGAACUCUGGCUUCGACCGGAUGGGCGGGAACAUGGACGUGGGGCGUGGCUUCGGCCAGUAUGGAGGCGGCUCGGGUCACAUGGGUGGAAUGAGUGACAGGGGGGCGGGGUCUAAGGCCGGAUGCCAGAUCUUUGUGAGAAACCUCUCAUAUGAUCUGACCUGGCAGAAGCUCAAGGAGAAGUUCAGUCACUGCGGUCAGGUGAUGUACGCUGAAAUAAAGAUGGAGAACGGCAAAUCCAAAGGCUGCGGCACGGUGCGCUUCGACUCUCCUGAGAGCGCAGAGAAAGCCUGCCGCAUGAUGAACGGAACCAAGAUCAACGGACGAGAGGUUGAUGUUCGUAUCGACCGCAACGCUUGAGUCUCACACACACACACACACACACACACACGUCACAGAGCCCAGCUUUUGUUUUGUUUUAAAAACAUCAUGACUGUCAUAUCAGCGAUCUCACCAGCCGCUUCAGCUCCAUGUGUUAGCGACACGCUCUCCUUUCUUUUCUUUUUUUGUAAACAUUUUAAUUUGUGGGACGUUUGUCUCAGACUAAAUUUUAAAAAAUAAAAAGCUGGCUGUUGUAAAUUCAGUCUGCGUCUCAGUUUGUCAGAUCAACACAAACGAUUAAGUGUAAAAUUACUAUUUUUGUAUUAUGAAUUUUUUUAAAACAAAUUUUUUUUUUCUAAAAAAAAAAUAUUUUUUUAGGAAUGUUCUUAUGACGAACUUUUAAGAACUAAUUUUCUUACAUAAGAAAUGUACAACUUCCGAGUCUUCACAGAUGUGUGAUCAGCUGAGUUUGAGUUGAUUACAGCGUUACACAAACUACACACAAUACAUAAUACUGCUGGAGGAUUUCUCCUGUGAUGAUUAAUCUCAUCAUAUCUCACACUACAUUAAAAUAUGUGUGUGUAAAGUUUUGAAUUUGACAGGAGGAAACAAUCAGACAAAACCUGUUAUUUUAUUCUUAAGAAAUGGAAGAUGUUCCUGUGAACCUGAGACCUUUACAAACACGUCUCAUGAACUUAGAGUUGAUCUUAGGAACUUUUAACUUUUUUCUAUGCAUUCUUAUUCUAGUUGAAGAAAAAGCUAUGUUUUAUUCACAAACAAUAUCUUAAGAUUGCUCUCAAAAAAGGUAAUCAUCAUAAAUAGUCAUCAAGUAGUUUAACAUUUGACACAAUGUUUAUUAAAAGGCUGCAGUUGUUGAGAUGUUUAUAUUGAUGUUUUAUGUGGAUUUAUAGAUGAUGUAAGAUACGGUGGUUAGAAACAGGAAAAAUGUUAUGAAUAUUUUGUAUUUCCAAAAAUACUUCUCAAGAAUGCAAAACCCUUCUUAUAAGAAAAAUUAUGUGAAGUAAUGUUUUUAAAAAUUCAUUGUCAAUAUAAGAUAACCUGUGAGAUGUUUAAUGGAAUUUAUUGGAUUGUUUCAGAUAUUAAUCACACUGAUAUGGCAAAUGAAUUUUGUCAAUGUUCAGGGAUUAAUAUAGAUGGACAAAUAUAUCACAAAGACUUACCAGAGUAAAAUAGAGUUUACAAUCAUGUCAGAAAUUAAAAAAAAAAAAAAAAAAUGUUCUUAAGAAAAUGUUUGAGAACUUUUAUUUCUUAAUAUAUUCAUGAAUCCAGCACCAGGUCAUAUUUCUAACCGUAACAAGACUCAUCAAUGAAGAAAUGGCUUUCAAAUUCUUAGUUCUGUACUUCAGGGAAAAAAGCACUUUUUAAUUCAUCAUAUUUCUUUUUAUUGUAAUGCAAUACAGUAUGUGUUACAGUAAUAAAAAACAGCGUCUGGUUGAA